GAGAGAGCGUGGCCGCGGGAAGGCGCGACAGCGAGAGGCGGAGGAGACCCCGCGCGGCGCUCCGCUCCGCCUCAAACGCCUCCUUAUCUUGUUCCCAACGGAUAGCUCCCGGCUCCCGAGUUCCCGCGCGCGCACACCCACCGGACGGCACACGCCUCGCCUCACACUGCAGCCAACUGCUCUGGCGCCAUGGCGGCGGCGGCGGUGGCGGGGUGCUUCCCCGCUUGCUGCCGCUGCGCGUCCUCCUCCCGGUCCCGGGUGACGGCCGCGUCCACGUCGGUCGCCGCCUGCGUGGUCCAGCCGCGCCGGAGGAGCAGGGCGUCGGCGUCGCCUUCCCUAUCUCGCCUGGGGCUCGGGGAGGCGGCGGCGAGGACGACGAUGAUCAGGACGACGACGAGGAGGGGGCGGCGGGCGUUCCGGGUGCGCGCGGGGGUGGGCGUGGAGAUCGCCAGCGCCGUGGAGGUGAUCAACGACCUGGGCUUCGACACCCUCACCUUCCUCGGCGUCACCGUCCUCGUCGUCCCCGCCUUCCGCGUCGUCAAGGCUAGCCCGAUCCUCGGCUUCUUCUGCGCCGGCGUCGUCCUCAACCAGUUCGGCCUCAUCAGGAACCUCACCGACGUCAAGCUCCUCUCCGAGUGGGGGAUCCUCUUCCUGUUGUUCGAGAUGGGGCUGGAGCUCUCCCUCUCUCGCCUCAAAGCCCUUGCCAAGUUCGCCUUCGGGAUCGGUUUGCCUCAGGUUCUUUUGUCAACGCUGGCCUUUGCGGCAUUUGAGCUUCCCCCUAAUGGUGCUAUUGGAACAAGAAUCCUGCAGUUCCUCUUUAAUUCAAGACCUGACCUGGUGAAUAUCAGGAGUGUCGACGAAGCAAUAGUGAUUGGAGCUGCCCUCUCCUUAUCUUCGUCUGCUUUUGUUCUUCAGCUUCUUGCUGAGAAAGGUGAGCUUGCAACAAGAUUUGGUUCGGCCACACUGGGAAUCCUCCUCCUCCAGGAUAUUGCCGUUGUUCCUCUCUUGGUCAUACUCCCUGUUCUAGAGAGUCAGAAUGUUGUGGAGCAAAGUGUGUGGCCUAUGCUACUAGCUGAAAGCUUAAAAGCACUGGGUGGACUUGGCAUACUUUCACUUGGAGGGAAAUAUCUCAUCAGGCGCAUCUUUGAGUUUGUUGCAGAGUCGAGGAGCUCAGAAGCAUUUGUUGCCCUCUGCCUUCUCACCGUUUCAGGAACCUCACUUCUCACCCAGUGGUUGGGCUUUAGUGACACUCUAGGUGCUUUUCUGGCUGGGGCCCUCCUUGCAGAAACAAACUUCCGUACGCAAAUAGAAGCUGACAUAAGACCAUUCAGAGGCUUGCUCCUUGGAUUGUUCUUUGUGACAACAGGAACUUCUAUCGACAUGCAGCUUCUCAUCCGUGAGUGGCCUAAUGUUCUAUCGCUGUUGGCUGGCCUUAUUGCAAUCAAGACAUUGAUAACUACUGCAUUAGCAACAAGAGUCGGACUAACUUUUCAAGAGAGUGUAAGGAUAGGAUUGCUGCUUUCUCAAGGAGGGGAGUUUGGGUUCGUGGUAUUUUCUUUGGCAAACAGGCUUGGCGUCCUACCGCUUGAGCUGAAUAAGCUGCUCAUUAUCGUCGUUGUGCUGUCAAUGGCAUUAACUCCGUUACUGAAUGACCUUGGAAGAAAAGCAGCAGGAAUCAUUGAUGAGAGAUCUGAAACAAAAGAAGUAAAACCAGCUGAGGAGGCAAAUUAUGGUGCGACUGAACCUAUUGUCAUUCUUGGCUUUGGAGAGAUGGGACAGGUCCUUGCAAAGUUUUUGGCUGCACCAUUAUCUUUCGGGCUCGAGCGAGAUACAGAAGGAUGGCCGUAUGUCGCGUUUGAUCUAAAUCCUGCUGUUGUAAAGUCAGCCAGAAAAUCAGGAUUUCCAGUGUUAUAUGGAGAUGGUUCGCGCCCCGCCGUUAUGCAAUCUGCUGGCAUAUCUUCUCCUAAAGCUGUCAUGAUCAUGUAUACCGGGAAGGAAGAAACAGUCGAGUCUGUCGACAGAUUGCGACAAGCUUUUCCUGCGGUUCCCGUGUAUGUUAGGGCUCAAGACAUGUCUCAUUUGUUGGAUUUAAGGAAAGCAGGUGCGACCGAUGUUGUUCUGGAAAAUGCUGAGACUAGCUUGCAACUCGGCUCGAUGCUUAUGAAAGGGCUGGGUGUCAUGUCUGAUGAUGUAUCUUUCCUGAGUAAGCUUGUGAGGGACUCGAUGGAGUUACAAGCUCAGGAGGCACUCAACAACGUCGAGUCUCGUGAAACUACUACCAUGGAGUCACUUCAGGUUAGGGUAUCGGACUUGGUCGAGUCCAAUGGGAACGGUUCCGGAAUGAUUCCCCGGGAGCAAUCGCUAGGUCUAAGCAGUCGCCCGGAGGUACGGGUGAUAAAAACGACUCCAGAGAAUCCCAUGCCUAAUUUGAACACCAAAAAUGAAUCUGAAGACGGUGUCAAAUAUUGUCUCCUGGAAACCGCUGACGGCGAGGAAACGGUGGAGCCUCCAGCGGAAGCAAGGAGAUGAUGGACCAGACCAGUUUUUGUAGGGGUGAUGAAGCGAAGGCACUGAACUUGUGGUUUUCUCAUAGGUAAUAGCUCUCUUUGUACAGCACAUCUGGAGACUGAAGUACUGAAACCUGGAGGCACACAAUCUGUGGAUAUGACGAUUACACCGCAUCGCGCGAGCUGAGAUUUGCAGCUCGCAAAUUGAAACCGGGCAGGCCAAUUUGGGCAGAUUGAGAUUUAUAGCCGUGAUUUGAAUUCUCGGCGGGCAUUUAGAAAUUGAAGUAUCAACAUUUCAGAAUCCCUGAAAAGCAUUAUUGGCAGGGUGAUUUGUGCAAGCAGAAGUAACCUGUAUGGCUAGAUAAUUAUUUGUAUCACAUUUCUCUAAUUUGUGUCUGUUGUAUACUACUAGGACAGUAGGCCAAACAAUUCCUGUAAAAAAUAAAUGUACAUGCAGACACGCAGAAACUAGUGAAUGUAUAAUAAUACUGGACCAAACGGUUUGUCCUUGCCGCGACAA